AUGCGAAAACUAUGGCUACUGUCUGGACUGCUGCUGAUGCUCAGAAGCGAAGAGAUUUUUGCACAGAAUGUGCCGCAUAUAGCCUGCCCGCAAUACUUUGAGUAUUUGGCCUUUAAUCAGGAAUAUAUCGGACGACUAACUCUACCACACGAUCCACGUUACGGCAAUAAUACAAUAUUUGUGGAGUUUUCGCAACGCACGCCCAUCAAUUCGGCUUACGUUGGGCGUCUUUCGCUUUUGCAAGAUGAAGAAACGACGAAAUAUAAUUUGGCCAACGGCAUACCAAUACAAUAUCGUGUUGACUUCCCAACGCCUGGUGUUUUGCCAAAACUAACGCAAAUAUAUCUAAACAAUGCAGUUAUCUGUUAUGCAUCUCCAUAUCCACCGCCAAACACACUCAUCUCCCUGACACACACACUACGCUUUCAGGCGUCGCCAUUGCGUGGUAAUAGUAAUACAAUUACCAUUCCGGUUCGUCCAGCUCCGGCGCGACCGCAGGCUACACAGCCUCCACAGAUCGUACAGAGACCAGCUCAGCAGUCUGUGAUCGUUCAGCCAUCGUUUCAACAACAACCUCAGCCACAACCUGCUCCUAUACCGGCCACAGCGGCCCCAAGGCAACGCCCCACUGCCAUUACAAACCAGGCUCAGCUUAAUGCGGUCUGCGGGCGUGAGACCCCCACCAUUUCACCUUUCAUCUUUCACGGCACAAACGUGGCUCACGGAAAGCUGCCCUGGAUGGCGGCCAUAUUCGAAAAGCAGACCAAUGGACUCGUGUACUUCUGCGGUGGCACGCUGCUCUCUCAAUCGACUGUGGUGUCAGCGGCGCAUUGCUUCCGACUUAAAAAUAAUCUACCUGCUAGCCGCACUAUCGUCUCGCUGGGUCGCGUCAGUCUCGAUGACUACAAAAACGGGGUGUUAAGUGAGAUCGAGGUGAUUGUUCAGCAUGAGGAGUACCAAAGUGAUAACUUUUCGGAUGCGGAUAUUGCGUUAUUGAAGCUGGUGGAGCGUGUGACCUUCACGGAGUUUAUUAAGCCCAUUUGUCUGUGGAACGAGAAUUAUCGGCUGGACUUGCCAACGGGGGAGAAGUCUUAUGUUGCUGGUUGGGGCGCCGAUCAGGAUGGAAAUGCCAACACAAAGAUAGCCAAAAUGACAGACACUGAUAUACUCAGCGAAUCGGAUUGCCUGCGUCGACUGCCAACGCGGCGCGUGACGCCACGCACGAUAUGUGCUGAGAAUAAAGUCGGAGCGGGUCCGUGCACUGGCGACUCAGGCAGUGGUCUAAUGCUCAACGAGAACAAUGUUUGGGUGUUGCGUGGCAUUGUGUCUGCCGGUCAGACGCGCGCCCAAGGCUGCGAUCUAAGCAAGCCCGUCAUCUACUGUGAUCUGGCCAAGCACAUACAAUGGGUACGGGCGAGCAUGUGGUACUGAAAAUAUGAAAACGCAUACCCAUUAAUUGUAGCAAGUAGUAGUUUGUUAGUUAUUUAUGUUAAGAUUAAAUCAAAACUCACAAUACAGUGCCAAAACAAAUGCAA